GCCAGGUGUCGCCUGCAGAGAAGCAGCAAGAAAGAAGCCAAACGCUCCCUUCAUCAUGACAACUUCCAAGUGCGUCUUGCAGCUUCUCUUCCUUGGGCUGUUGGUUUCUCCAGCCUUCCUUCAGGAGCAUCCCUGUGAGAUUGUCAAGAAGACGGUAAAACAUGGCUCUUUCCACCUGGAUGUGAGUCCUCCGACUUACAAACCAGGGGAGAUCUAUACAGUAACCAUCCAAGGAAUAGACAACAGCACCUUUGUUAUCCUGCAAGCCACAUCUUCCAAAAACUAUUCUGGCGGUCUCUGGGAAACUGAAAAUGAAGGCAUCAGCUGCAGCGGCAAUGAGUACGUGGUACAGAAGAAUGUCUCUGGCAAUGGCACCCGGACACACUGGACGUCCCCAAAUGACGUCAAUGAGUCAGCUGCGCAAAUCAGGGUCUUUGUCUCCUUUGCCAACGGCACAACACUGCUCCAGUCUCGAACCAUCACAAGAGACCUGACGACAGGAGGUGCGACGCCAGCACCGCCAACAGCCACACACAGAGCAACCAUUCUCAGCAACACCCACACCCGCCUCAACUCUACGGAAGCCAACCAUAACGGGGCCUCCCCUCAUCACGGGACCCAAAAGCCUUACAGCUCUGCCUCCACUUCCCAAGCCAGCUCCGUCCUCUUGGCUGCCUUGCAGUUCCUGCCCGUCUUCCUUGGCUUCAAGCUUCUCUCCUAAGCCAAACCCACGCACACCUGCCCGUUACUUUAUAAAUGCCUCCAUCAUCAAGUAGGGAAGGCCGAUGUCCUCAGGAAUUAAAUCCACCCCUCGCUAAUAAAAACCAAAACAUUAUUGCACAAUUCUUUCCAUGACCCCCUCGCUCAACCGUGUGUGACCCAAGAUAUGUUGCAAUUUGAAGGUCCAAAGAGAGAUGCCCCAGAUAUUUUGGUGCCAGAGACAGAAAGUCCAAACAGUGCUAUUCUCUUCCAUCAGAGGGGCAAAAAUGGAAUAAUAAUAAUAAGCAAACUAAUUGUAAGCGACUGGCGUUUCAUGUACCCCAAACCAGCUGCUUGAGAGGCUGUCUUAACUUACCUAAAAAUUACUAAUCUUUUUAGGAUCUUUUUAUUUUUUUAGAAUUCAGACAAAUGAAUACCUGACAAGAGGUUCUGCCUUCUCUCCCCAAAGCCCUGAAGUAGGAAGUCAUUUGAUGUUUUGAAGAAAUCGAACUUUAUGGGAGAUGAGGGGGUGAUAAGAGUUGCCAGCCUCCAGGCAGUGGCUGGAGAUCUCCCAGAAUUAUAGCUGCUCUCCAAGCUGUAGAGAUCAGUUCCUCUGGAGAAAAUAGCUGCUUUGUAUGGUGGACUCUAUAGCAUUAUAUCUUGCUGGAGUCACUCCCUUCUCCAAACCCUGCCCUCCCCAGGCUCUAUCCCUAAAUUCUCCAGGAAUUUCCCAACCUGGAACUGGCUACUGUAGGGGGUGGACCUUUGGAGGCUGCUGCUUCUUGUGAUAAGCUAGAACCGGAGCCGUUGAGAUCUGUGUGACCUGCAAACAAACUGGACUUUCAAAGAAAAACUCAUGCAAAGCCCUUCUGCAGAAAGGAUGGUUCUGAAACUCUUGAUAACUUGUCUCUGCUUUGGAACACCGAGUUUCAAUUCAAAUGUGGAUGUGAAUUUCAGGGGGCCGUUUGCACCCUUUCUUUCCAGCUGAGCCGCCACGGAGGAGAUGCUCUGAAAGUUGGGAGGGGGCAGCUUUUAUUAACUUAACUUUGAUCAACCCCUGCAGGCAGGGCAUUCUCCCCUCCACUGUAAAAUAUCCCUUUGCCACUUAACUCUUGGUCUUUUUUGCUGUCUCUCCACCUGGGGCAGAAGAAGGGGGUAAGAGGAAGGAGGGUUUUAGUUAGUUCGAGUACUUUUGCUGUAAGUUUGGGCUCUGCAAUGGGCUGGGUUUGUCGCUUAUGGUUUUUGUACAGACUGUGUUUAUUUGGAAACCGUAUUUUGGAUAUCUAUUUUGUUUUAAUGAGCUUGCCCUUAAUAAAAAUGCUUGAGAGGGACCCGUGAA